CGCAAGGCACAGCAAUAGAAGCAGAAGAAAACAAACAAGAAAAAAAGGGGGAAAAAAAAUGGCCAUGAUGGAGGGGGGCAACAACAACCCUGAGGAUUUAGCGGUGGGGUGCUUGUUGUCGAUUAGGACAACGUUGGGCGACGAAUUCGAAGGCCAAGUUAUCACCUUUGAUCGCCCCUCUAAUAUCCUCGUACUCCAAGAAGGUUCCAAAUCUGGCCCUCGUCGAAACAUUAGGUUGUUGAAGGCUAAUUACAUCAAAGACUUCACCUUGUUGGGUCAAGCCGAAGACCCACUUGAUCCAAACAACUGUUAUCUUGACCUCACUGCUCUCCAAGCAAGGGAAGACGUUGCCAUCAGACAAGCAGAGGCUGAUGCUGAGAGGAUUGGGGUUGGUGUCACCCCCGAGGCACAGAACAUCUUUAAUGCUUUAUCUAAAACGCUUCCAGUCCGCUGGGACAAGACUGUCAUAGUUGUGAUGAAUGAAGUGCGUGUCAGCAGUCCUUAUCACCCCGAAUCUGUUGUUGGAGGCACUCCUGCUGCAAAUGAGCGGGUGAAGAAAGUGCUUGAGUUGGAGAAGAAGAGGUUGCAACGUCGCACUUCUGGUGGUCAGUGAAGUUUCACAUUUACAUCCUUUUAUGGUCAAGAAAGCAACUCCAAAGAGGAAACAUGUGAUGGGUAUGUUGCUUUUAGCAAAACCCUAUACAAGAGGGUUUUUCAAGGCAUAUUCCUUACUUCAGAUAUCUUUUGAUUACCUGCUGUCUUGAGCUCUCAAGUUCUGUCUUGCUUAUGGAGUUCAUUUGAGGUACUUCCUCCAGAUUCUUCUUAAAGAGUGAAUGAUGAAGCCUGUGAUUUAUGGUGUGUUGGACUUGGAACCCGAAUAGGUGACUGGGUUUAUAUAAUUUGUUGGUUUACCAUUGGGAAAUUGACCAAUUACAAUGAGCUAACAUGAACUCAACUUGAGUUUAAUUUGUUCCUUAUAUAAUAAACCAAAUGCUUUGGAUAAAUCAAGCUAAUAUUUCUACC